CGCAGCCGCCGCCGCCGCCGCCGCCGCCGCGUCCUCUCAGCCUUGCGCUCCGCCCGCUGCUUCUGCCGCCGCAGCCCAGCCCGGGAGCGCAGAGCCGGGGGCACCGGCCCCACAGCCUGCCCACUCUUCGGGCCGCGUGCCGGCUACAGCGGCAUGGGGGGCUGCUGAGAGCCGGCACUCCUUCCCUCUGGCACCUCCCCCGGCUACUGGCCACUGGACUCUGGCCAGCGAGGCUCGGCACCUCUGGCCCCUAGUCCGGCGCCUGGCACGGCCCUCUACUCUGCUCCUCCAGCUCUGAGCAUCGUGUCCCCGCGCCCCCCCCGCCCGCGCCAGGGACACCUGGGUCCCCCGGCGGCCCCUAGGAGAGGGGCGGGGGGGGGCAUGAAGCCGCUGGAGAAAUUUCUGAAGAAGCAGACGUCGCAGCUGGCUGGCCGAACGGUGGCGGGAGGUCCCGGCGGGGGUCCGGGGAGCUGCGGCGGGCCUGGAGGGGGUGGGGGACCUGGCGGGGGCGGCGGUCCAGCCGGGGGACCGCGGUCCCUGCAGCGGCGUCAGAGCGUGUCUCGCCUGCUGCUCCCCGCUUUCCUCCGGGAGCCCCCCGCCGAGCCGGGGCUGGAGCCGCCCCCUGAGGAGGAAGGGGGAGAGCCGGCGGGGGUCGCGGAGGAGCUGGGCAGCGGGGGGCCCUGCUGGUUGCAGCUGGAGGAGGUGCCGGGGCCGGGACCGCUCGGGGGAGGGGGGCCCCUGCGCUCCCCUUCCUCCUACUCCUCUGACGAGCUGUCCCCGGGUGAGCCCUUGACUUCGCCACCCUGGGCCCCGCUGGGCGCCCCCGAGCGGCCGGAGCAUCUUCUGAACCGGGUUCUGGAGCGACUGGCCGGAGGGGCCACCAGGGACAGCGCCGCCUCAGAUAUCCUGCUGGAUGACAUUGUCCUUACGCAUUCUCUCUUCCUCCCGACGGAGAAAUUUCUGCAGGAGCUACACCAGUACUUUGUUCGUGCAGGAGGCAUGGAGGGUCCUGAGGGGCUGGGCCAGAAGCAGGCCUGUCUAGCCAUGCUUCUCCAUUUCUUGGACACCUACCAGGGACUGCUUCAAGAGGAAGAGGGAGCCGGCCACAUCAUCAAGGAUCUAUACCUGCUAAUUAUGAAGGAUGAGUCCCUUUACCAGGGCCUCCGAGAGGACACUCUGAGGCUGCACCAGCUGGUGGAGACAGUGGAACUAAAAGAGAUCUUUCAUGCUCCUAUUCCAAAGGCAUCCCUGCUCCCCAUGCUUCUAAGAGAAAGUGAAACAUCCCAGCAUUCAACACCCUUCCCUUUCUGCCUUCUGCUGUUUCUUCCCGUCUUAUCUCCCACAUCCCGUUCUGACACCGCAACUCCUGCACUCUCCAACUUCCCACAGAUUCCAGAGGAGAGCCAGCCACCUAGCAAGCAGGUGAAGCCACUCUUCCGCCACUUCCGCCGGAUAGACUCCUGUCUGCAGACCAGGGUGGCCUUCCGGGGCUCUGAUGAGAUCUUCUGCCGGGUAUACAUGCCUGACCACUCUUACGUGACCAUACGCAGCCGCCUUUCAGCAUCAGUGCAGGACAUUCUGGGCUCUGUGACGGAGAAACUUCAGUACUCAGAAGAACCUGCGGGGCGUGAGGAUUCCCUCAUCCUGGUGGCUGUGGCCUCCUCGGGAGAGAAGGUCCUUCUCCAGCCCACUGAGGACUGUGUUUUUACCACACUGGGCAUCAACAGCCACCUGUUUGCCUGCACCCGGGACAGCUACGAGGCUCUGGUGCCCCUCCCUGAGGAGAUCCAGGUCUCCCCGGGAGACACAGAGAUCCACCGAGUGGAGCCUGAGGACGUUGCCAACCACCUUACUGCCUUCCACUGGGAGCUGUUCCGAUGUGUGCACGAGCUGGAGUUCGUAGACUACGUGUUCCACGGGGAGCGCGGCCGCCGGGAGACGGCUAACCUGGAGCUGCUGCUGCAGCGCUGCAGCGAGGUCACGCACUGGGUGGCCACCGAGGUGCUGCUCUGCGAGGCCCCGGGCAAGCGCGCGCAGCUGCUCAAGAAGUUCAUCAAGAUCGCUGCCCUCUGCAAGCAGAAUCAGGACCUGCUGUCCUUCUACGCCGUGGUCAUGGGGCUGGACAACGCCGCUGUCAGCCGCCUUCGUCUCACCUGGGAGAAGCUGCCAGGGAAAUUCAAGAAUUUGUUCCGCAAAUUUGAGAACCUGACGGACCCCUGCAGGAACCACAAAAGCUACCGAGAAGUGAUCUCCAAAAUGAAGCCCCCUGUGAUUCCUUUCGUGCCUCUGAUCCUCAAAGAUCUGACUUUCCUGCACGAAGGGAGUAAGACCCUUGUAGACGGUUUGGUGAACAUUGAGAAGCUGCAUUCAGUGGCCGAAAAAGUGAGGACAAUCCGCAAAUACCGGAGCCGGCCCCUUUGCCUGGACAUGGAGGCAUCCCCCCAUCACCUGCAGACCAAGGCCUAUGUGCGCCAGUUCCAGGUCAUCGACAACCAGAACCUCCUCUUCGAGCUCUCCUACAAGCUGGAGGCGAAUAGUCAGUGAUCGUGGAGGUUCCCAUCAGACCCACCAGAUCCUUGGGCGCCUGGCACUCAAGCACUUUGCACAAUGUCUCAACCGACAGCUGACAUCUUUCCUGAGGAGCAACUUCCUGCCCACCCCUGCUCCACAGGAAAGAGUUGGAUGGAUUUACCCGUGGACCCAUAAGUCUGUUCAUCCUGCUGAAGCCCUCUCCCCAUUGCUCCUUCAAGCCAAAACCACAUUUUGCUGGUUCCUGUCCCCUCUGAGAAAGGGGGCAGAAAGCUCCUUCCUCUGUCCGCUCCCAUCGAGGUCUGUUCUGGGGAUGAAGUUUCCAACUUCCUCUUCCCAAGAAGGAAAGAAAGCUGCCCACCCUUCUGUCUUGCCAAGUGGAAUGGUGGGAGGGAUUGGCAGCUUUCUUCUCCACCACCUGUCCAGCUUCUUCCAGGUCAGGGCUGAGACCCCAGAGGGGUGUGUGUGUGUGUGUGUGUGUGUGUGUGUUGUGUCUCCUUUUAGGGAGCAUGCGUGCAUCUGGUAAUUGAGGGAGGGUGUUGUGUGUGCCGGGGAGGGGUCCUUCUGUUUGGUGCUACCCUUGUCUACUCUGCCCCUGGGAUGGUUCGGGGUGCUUUCAGCACCCCCACACUCCCUACUCAGCUCCUCGUGCUGCCCUGCCUGCCCAGGCUUGUGAGCCAAGCUGCUUUUCAGGGCAGGGAGUAGCAGCAGGCGGGAGGGGUUACCCAUCAGCCCUUGCAAGUCCCCCACUUAGGCCUCUGGAAGGUCCAGGGGUGGGCUCUGAUGAGAGGGUAAAAGAUGCUCAGGGAAACACAGGCCUCAGCUGCGUAGAGGACCCUUCCCCUGCCUCGCAGUGGGGUGGGGUAGAGCAGUAUCAGGAGCUAGGGGUGUCUGCCGCCCAUACUCCUGCUUUUUGGGUGUCUAACGGCCUCCCCCUUCUGGCUCAUGUGUCUGACACCAACAACGUGGUCUCUGUCCCUUUCCCUGUCUCAACUCCCCCUUUGUCCUCCCCAUAGAGCUGGGGUGGGUGGAUCCCUAUACCCGGGGCAGGCAGCCCCAUAGUGGGGGAGGGGGGUGGCAGAGACUGUAAUGGCACCACCGGACUCUGGUGAGGCGUUUAUUACCUCUGCCCCCCUCCCUCUCCCAUCACCAGCCUCAAGGCCUGAGGGGUACAGGGGCUCCUGGCAGCUACAGGGUGAGGUUUCCUGGCGCAGCCUCACCCUUCUUUUUGGCACCACCUCUUUCCCUUUUGAAGAGGAAGCAACGGCAGCAGCAAAAGCAACUGCUGUUCCUGCUAUGAGGGUGUAUAUAUUUUUUACCCAAAGCUCUGGAAUUGUACAUUUAUUUUUUAAAACUCAAAGAGGGAAAGAGCCUUGUAUCAUAUGUGAACAUUGUAUCAUAGGUAAUGUUGUACAGACCCUUUUAUACAGUGAUCUGUCUUGUUCCUGUGGCAAAAAUCCUCUAUGGACAUAUGCAGGCACUGUGUCCCACGCCCUCCUGCCCUGACGGUGUCCACGGUGUCCAUGGCAUCCUCCUGCUCCCCGCCCCCUCCCUGCUACUGCUGAUGUGCUCUCCUCUCCCUGCAGCCCCAGGCUUCCAGCCUUCUUCCCGACCCUUUCCAGUAGCCUUCGAACUCCAUCUACCACCACCCUCCGGGUCGAACACUGGGACCCACUGGCCCAGUCUUGGCUGCUGCCCACCCCUAGCCUUGACACCUGCCCAGGGACUCCCAGCCCUCUCCCCUUGCCCUGCAGCUUUAACAGAGUGAACCACAUGUAUUUUACAGGUGCGGUUGUCAUUGCAGAAACCGCUGGGUGGGGAAAAAGCCAAUAAAGUCUAUGAAUCAACCUGC